AUCAGUCACUUGAAUUUUAUAAUUCUUCAAAAAUUGAAUUUUACAAUACUUCAAAUAUCGAAUCUUGUAAUACUUCAAAUAUCAAACCUAUUAAAAUUAUACCAUUGAAAAUGAUUGUAGAAUGGCUUCAAGAAG